CAUCUGAAAAUGGCUUCCACAGAAAGGCCGCAGCUCGACACGAAUUCUAAAGUGCAGAACGAUGAUGGAGGUGGAUGCAGAAGUACUACAGCAUCACCUAUCACAACAACCACCACAACCAUCACCACAACAACAACCAGUACAGCAUGGCAGAUGGAGGUGCUUAUGGAGCGUCUUCGAAGCAAAGCUGGAGGAUUUCGUUCACUAUUGGAAUCAGCAAAAGGAAUCAAACAGGCCAUUAUGAAUAAGCACCACCUGCUGGACCCAGGUGAACGGGCAGCUCUAGGGUCCUGCCUUGACUCUCUCCAGAAAAAUAUCAAAGUCACCACUCUACCUGCCAUGGUGGAGAGACUAGAAGCCACUGCUAGGCAACUUGGAUUGAAAUUUACAACAACAGGCUCGGAGGUUUUUGUGUCGUGUGAUAUGUUCUACGUUGAAGUACUACUUGAUCCCGAUGGACGGGUACGAGAUGUUAAAGUGGAACUGGCAGGAGAUCAAAACACACAUGAUGGGUUGUCAUCACCUGAACUUAUGGAUUGCCUGAGCCGCGGAGAUUUUGCUGACUUCACAGCUCAUUUGGAGGGAUUUUCUUCCAUAUAUCAGUUAAAUGCUGACAAGAAGAUAAAGAGCAAAGCUUUUCAAGCUCUGCAAGCACUUGAAACAGACCUUACUAAGUUAUUUGAAUUAGCCCAAGAGACAAUCACAGACCCAUACAAGCUUGUUCUCAAAUCUCCAGUUGGCCUCUUACAACGACGACGUGGAGGCCAUGCCAUGCGACUUGUGUAUUUUGUAUCACCAUAUGAGCUCUUAGAUGUUGCAGCAGGUCGCUCCGUUACUUUGACUGCUGAGACGCCUGCAUCGUGUGAGCUCUCUCACUAUGUCACUGUUAAUAUUGAUUCAUCUAAUUCGCACAAACUACAGACAACAACACUGAUGAUAAUUACAAAGCAGGCUAAUGGGAAAAAGUUACCAUCAUUCUCAGGGCUUACAAAUGACAACAGCAUGACACUGCCAGCAUGCUUUUCUCUCAAGUUACGUCGCCCCAUGCCAGUAUCCCUGGCCCUGAUACAGCGCAUCAAUGAGGUUACCGGCCUUGAUUGUGCUGACCCUUCUAAUCAGCAAUCUCUCAUCUCACUUAUUAUACAGCAAGCUACUGAUGGACAAUCAGAAUGCAAUAGCAACCGUGGCCUUUUUGUGACUUUACCAGAUCAGCAGCAUUGCUACUUCAUGACAAGUGCCGGAGAAUUGCCCGGUGUUAUGGUCAAUUCUGUGCCGUUCACACAUCCCACUCAUAUCACCAGCAUUCUUAUGUGUCUGCGGGCCCAGGCUGCGUUUAAUGAUCUUAUUUCAUCAUGUGUUAGGCCAGCUAGUAAACAAGACCUGGAUUCAGCAUACAUGUUUGAAGUGACAGCUGCCAGCCAUGAAUACAUCUCGGUGACGUUCGAGCACCCGCAGGAGGAAAGCACGGCAACAGCAGAGAUUGACCUGACCGAUCUUUGCAACGCUCGCUGCCACUUGCACACGCUUACUCCUGAUCCUGGAUUCUGUUCAGAGGAAUAUGUUACAAAAGUCUUACAGAGAUGUAUGUCGAUCCCAGUUACCAUGCGUGCAGUGAUGAGAAAGGUAGCAAAAGAAGAACGUAAAGAUCCAGUAAUGAGUGGUGAUUCUGCUGUCAUGAUGGGUGGUGGAAAACUAAACUCAGACUUCAAUCAGAAUACAAAGCUGUUUCUCACCGAAUAUGAUAAGUUAGGUAUGCGUCGAGAUCAGUUAAUUCCUCCACACAUGACCAAUCUAAAUAACGUGGUUGCAAACACAGCUCCUGGCCAUGGAUACUAUAAUGGUCCAUAUCCGGCUAAUCACCACACAAGCAGUGGGGAUGUCAGUACCAAUCCAUUAGCUGCUCUUGGCAAUGCAGUGCAGGAAGCUGGAACUCCCCUUGGGUAUGGAGCUUUGCUGGGAGCUGUGGGCCACAAACCUGGCCACACUCAGUCUUUUUUAGGUGAGGUUAAAUCGGCAAAAGUACGUAAGAAAAAACCCGGAUUGGAUAUGGAUAGGAAAAGUCCAAAGUAUGUUGACGACGUCAUUGAUCUAGAUGAUCGAAGUUCAGACUCAUAUUUGGGAGACAGCAUUGCAAGUAUUGUGGAUAUUAAAAGGAGAGAUGUGAAAGUUGAAAAAGUUCCUAAUAUUUUAAACAAAAGAAGAUCAUCUAAUGAUAACAGUGCCACAGACAUAGUUACAAGUGAUUUGGCAGCUCUCAGGGAACAGGUUUAUGGUGCUGCCAAUGCUGCCAAUUAUGCCAAAAUUAAUUCUUACGCUCACAAAGAAAGUAAAGAUAUUAAAAAGGUGAAAAAACCCAGAACGGAUGGACAUGACUCUCGGAAGUCUCCUAUUGUGCUCGACCUUACAGAAGCUGAAAGUACUAGCAAGAAGUCGGGCAGUAGUAGUAGCAGCAGCCACAGUUCUUCUGCUUCCCUAAGUGCUGCACUCUUAAAAAGGCCAGGUAUAGAGAUAAUUCCCAUCCCAGGCAGCAAUACCCCAAUAUCCAUUCCUUCUUCUAUAACAGUCACACCAGUUCUAAAGUCUGGAGAUGAUAAAAAUAAAGACAGGAAGGAACGCCGAGACAAGAGAGAUUUGGAUAGAAAAGACAAGAAAAGAAAACGAGAUGAUUCACCAAGUGGUAACAGUACAAGCAGUAGCAGUAAUAGCAGCAGCAAAACUUCCAAAGUACAGAUAAUCAGUAGCAGCCUUAAACAUUCUUCAAUCUCAUCUCUAGACAAGUUUAAAAGUGAAAGUGGUGGUAAAUCAGGGUUGUCGGGUAUUACCAUGAAAUCGAGCACGCCUCCAUACCAAUCUCCCUCCAAAAAGCCAUCGUUAUCACCAAGUAUAUCAAAGACUAUGCUCCCUAGUAAAGUAUCUGUUAGUCCUACACACAAACCCAGCAAGGUCAUAUACAGUCCAACUCAGAGCAGUAGUCAGACUUCCUCUCCUAAAGGAAGGAGCAGUCCUAAGCCAUCAUCAGGAAGCCCUAAACAUCCAAAUAUGUCUCCAAAGCACACAAGCCUAGGUAAACCUAGUAUGACCCAAUUAAAGUCCGCUUCACCAACAUUCUCAAAGCCAUCAUUAUCUCCAAAACUGAAUAAAAGUAAGGAAAAAGAGAGAACUUCAAGCUCAAGCCCUUCUCGCCCAGUCAGUUCAAACUCAUCAUCCAUGACAUCCUCUUCAUCAUCGUCAUCAUCCUCAAGUUCGUCAUUAUCUAAACCAAAGGUCUCAUCAUCUAGUGCGUCAAUAGUAAGUGAAAAAUUAAAAGGUAGUAUAAGUGAUGCUUUGACGAUCACUAAAGUGUCAACGGGAGAAUCCUCCUCCUCUUCAUCAUUAGCUACAUCUUUCCUUGCAAACUCGCAAUCUCAUGCAGCUCCUUCAUCUCUUGAUGAUAAGCCUUUUUUCUCAGUUGAUAAAGCAAAGGCCUCCCCUCCUAAAAAUCGAAAAGGAUCAAGCUUAUCUGAUAUUGUUGACAAAUUAAGAGCUGGUGUUGGAGGUAGUUCAGAUGCUGUAACAAUUAUUGAGAAGAACGAUAAAAAUCUGAAAGAUUCUUCAAAAUCAGAUACGAGUGAAAGUAAGAAAGAUGCAGAUAAGAAGGCCGAAUUCACAAUUAAGCCAUCAACUGUUGGCCUGAAGCUAACAUUUAACAAAGCUAAAAUGAAAGAUGGAAGUGUUUCUAAAUCUUCAUCUUCCUCCUCUAGUUCAUCUCCUAGUUCAAAGUCAUCAAUCACAAAAUCCCCCUCUGGACUCAAACCUGGUGUAGUUAGUGGCCCAGCAUCCAAGAAAAUGUCAGUUUCUAAUCUGCCUCCAAUACCUAAAUUACCACGAUCUUCUGUUUCAAAUGUGACAGCCACAGCUGUCUCUCCUCUUGGCACAACUCUUCCUGGUGUUCAUUCGAGUCCAUUGCAGUAUCAGCGUGAAAGAAGUAAAGAUAAAGAGAAAGACCGAUCUAGCUCUGGUGAAAGACUGAAGCCUAAAGAAAACUCCCCAGCCAAGUCUUUUAGUAGCAGCUCAUCAGACAUUAAGAAAGAUAAUAUAUCUUCAAAGGCACCUCUUACCAAACAGUUGUCUAAAGAGGAUCAUAGUCUCAGUCAAAGCCUAAGUCACAGAAAACUUGAAUCAUCAGAGAGCUUAGACAAAAUUAGUAAAUCAGUGUUUCAUGCUGAUGUUAGGGUUGAAAAGCAAGAUAAGACUGGACCUACCAAAGCCGAGGCAGAUUCUACUUUUGGAUCUACUGCUGAUUCCUCUUCUGGUAAAAGUUCUGAAAGUUUCCUAGAUAUUGGAAGUGGCAGUCACCAAAAUGAUUCAACAGCAUCAAAUAAGUUGUGUACAUCAGGUUCAAGCAUAUCUACAGCAGCACCGGCUGUCCCUACUUCCUCAAGUGACAUGAUUCGGCCACAAGAAGUGUUUCAACAGCCUCAGUAUAAACCAAUUAAAGAAAUGAAAGAAGAUGUGAAACCCAAGCCUGAUUUAACACUACCUCCUCCCCCUCCUCGACCUCCUGUAACCUCAAGUAGCAGUGUUACACCAGUUGACCACAUUCUGACAGAUGCUGUUCCAUUACCACCACCUCCCACCACCUCGACUACAAGUAUUAAUUCCAGCACAGUUGCACCCUUACGUCCACCUUCUUUACAUUCAACCACCACAAAAUUAUUAGAAAAUAAAGACCAUACUAACAAUGUUAAUCUUGAGCUUGGGGAAAAAUCAAAGUUAUCAGAAAGUGCUGGCUCUAGUGUGGUAGGACCCCAGACCACCAACUUACCCAUGAGCCAGCCUCUUCCGAAGCCUCCUACCCCAAGUAUGGGCUAUCCUCCUUCACCAUCUGUGUCCAUCAAGAUUGUGAAAUCCCCAGCACCUGUAGCAUCUCCCCUCAACAUGAUAUCUCCACAUUCUGUUGCCUCACAACCGUCCCCCUGCAUAAUUGAUGAUGAGCUAAUGGAUGAAGCUCUCAUGGGCACUCGCAAAUAGUGCUACAACUUUAAAAUUUCCUGUUUCCUUGCACAUUUUAGGAAUGUUUUAAAAAUUGCAGUAUUCUAUUUAUUAGGAGUGAUUGAUGUGGCCAUUGUACAAAUGUAGCAUAAUGCCGGUGCACAAAUAUGGUGAUGGCUUCAAAUAUAAAGGAAUUGCAUAUUAAAUUCUAUUUAGGAAUGGAAAAUAUGAAACUAAUAAUCCAAAAAUAAAGUACAGUACUGUACCUGUAUAUUGAAAUACUGUACAGUGCAAUGUGCAGUAAUAUUUAAAUUUAAAAUUACAGAUGAUUAGCUUGUGAGUGAUUUUACCCGAGGUGACGUUGUACAAAGUGAUAUGAAUAGAAAACAUACUUGAGACGCUAGCAAUAGAUUUCUUGUGCUCUUAUGUUAAAAAAAUAUUUAUCGUGCUUUCUUGAUUCUCAUUUUUUUUGUUUUUUUACAAAGCUUUUUUAUGAUGUUGACAUUCCCAGAGUUAGUUUGUGUUUUCUAUUGUACAGAAGUGUAAUGUGUGUGUAAAACGAAAUUACUUAAAUGUUAUUAAAUAUUUAAUGAUACAG